AUGACACAGGCUCGAACGCUGCUGGGCGAUGCUCAUAGCCGCUUCAUUCAGGUCGCAACCCUCCUGUCUCUUAUCGAUCCACACCCUCAUGACAACGCAGGAAAACAGGAGCAGCUCGUGAAGAAGUUUUUAGACUCAUUCGCGCUGAUCUGUUCAACGUCGAGUAAGGGAGCGGAGAGUGCCUCAGCGGUUUGUCUCGAAGUGGGUCAUCCCACGGGCACCAUCUUGCGUCUGGCUCGCAAUCUUGGGGUGUCCCAGGACUUGACAGACGGCCUCCGGGAUAUACUAAAUGAUCUUACUGCCGUUGCUACAAAAGUUCAAGAACCUGCGAUCUUGUAUAAGAUCAUUGAACUUACCCAAGACAAGAUCCAUAGCCUCCUGCAGAGACUUUGCAAACCCGAGAUUCAAAAGGUUGUCGAUCAAGCGCUCGAAGGCAUAAACGGUACUUUAUUCAUUGAAGAUGCCCCGGGACUCGAGUUCCUGCAAUGGAUCCGCAACCUUCGAACUUUGACAUCUCUCGAACCUAAUCAAGACACUGUUCGACUGGUACCUCAUAUCAGAUGGGCGUCGGAGGCCAGAUGGGUGUACUCGGAGCAGAUCGAAUUGAUGUUCUGUCCUAACGGAGAAGAGCUUCCCGGUUGGGUCACCCUUAUCUACAAGCUCGGCCGUUACGCCGCUGCUGCGAAAGCGCUGCUCAAGCUAGCUACGAAGCAGCCAUCUCUUUUCUUCUCCAUUCACGUCGAAGCUAUCCAGGCGCCUGAACAGGAACGUUUCGCAACAAGCAACCCGGACGCGCUCAUGACAAUGCUGAAAAGACUGUCCGAAGGCAACAAGGAACAGUUUAUGUCUCGAUUAGGCCAAAUCUGGCUUACAGAUGAUCCAGAGCUGCGAUUUCGGCGCGCUUGCCGUCACACGCUUACAGUCCAUGCGGAAAUGCAGCUGCUGAGCUUCUACGAUCAUCACGCAGAGCUGACUCCUCGGCUACUGUACAUGGGUACAAGUAAGAAAGCAUGUUUUCUCUGCCACAAGUUUCUAUCUCGCCAUCCACUCGGGAUGAGCGUGUCGGCUAGCCACCAAAAGCUGUACCCCUCCUGGAUGCCAGCGCCCUGUUCAAUAUCCUCAGUACGCAAGAAGCACAAAGUUUUACUUUGGGAACUCAGUCGGCAUUUGGAACAGACGACCGUGCGCGAUCUCGAAACUAGAUUGGGAAUUCGCCGACCUUGGAAUUUGGAUUCGACAGCAGGGCCAUCGUUGACCACUACGGGAAGCAUUGCAUCAGAUUCUAAUCCCACUGGUUUCAACUUUAUUCAUUUGUCACAAUACUUCAGCAUCACUACAGCUGUUGUCGUUUUCUAA